AAUCCACGACUCAAGCAGAGUGGCAGCGCUGGCACAGCAUCGUUUAGAAAAGCCCGAGCUGCGGUGUCCGCCUGCGCGCACCUCUCCACUCAGAUCCCUCCGGGCCGUCGUAGUCGGUGAGCCAAACCCCUAAAACAGUGGAUUUAUGAGAUAAGAGUCUGCACUUGCCCCUAGGUGGAACACUGCUUGAGAAGAUUAUUAUUUGGAGGAAGAAGAAGAAGAAAAAGGAAAAAAAAAAUAAUAAAGCUCCUGUCCUGUCAACACCGGCCCAGCUGUAGGAGAGGAGGAGAGGAGGAGAGGAGAGGGAGGAGGAGGAGGAGGGGGGCGAGACGGGACCUCUGUGAGGAAUCGCUCCUGUGCCGUGCAGCAGUGCGCGGAGAGCAGCCACAGACUCAGCAGACGCACUAGAAGGGCAGAAGGGAGAGAGGAAGGUGGAGGAUAUUUUACGCGCAGCACCACCACCAAGUAGCCCCGUUUUACACCAACUUCACAGUCUCAUUCUCAGUUCAGGUCUCAGCAGGGACUCUUGGUCGGAUUUGCACUUGACUAAGUCCACAGUUACAGGGGUCGGCCGGAAUGGAUUCCUUCAUCAUUGCUGCUUUGGCACUGUGCUCUCUAACGGCACCGGCCUCUGGGGACAAAGGGACCGGCAAAGCCCGGAGUUGUUCGGAUAUCAGACAGUUUUACAGCGAUAAGGGAUACCCUCUGGAUGGUGUCCCUCAAUCUGAAAUAUCAGGUGAGCACCUGCGCAUCUGUCCUCAGGGUUACACCUGCUGUACCAGCGAGAUGGAGGACAAUCUGACCACACUGAGCCACGGGGACGUAGUGAUGCAGCUCAGAGAACUUGGACGAUCCUCCCAGAUCUCACUCAACGGAUACUACAAGGCCUUCGAUAGUUACUUCCUGGGGUUGCUGAACCGCUCCUCGAAUCACCUGCAGGAGACUUUCACUCAAACUUGGGGCUCUCUGUACUCCCAGAAUACCCAGGUCUUCUCUGAACUGUACACGGAAUUGAAGCACUACUACCGAGGCUCCAGCUCCAGUGGGAAUCUGGAAGAGGUGCUCAAUGAAUUCUGGGCCAAGCUGAUGGAGAAGAUCUUUUCCCAGGCGAACAAGAAAUAUGUCAUAGGUGACGAUUACCUGGACUGCGUGUCCAAGCAGAUAGAGACACUUGAGCCUUUUGGAUACACGCCCCGGUCUCUGAAAUCAACUGUCACACAGACCUUCGUUGCAGCACGCUCGUUCGCUCAGGGCCUGGUGGUCAGUGGAGAAGUGCUGCGCAAGGUGUCUCAGGUGCCGCUGGGCCAGGAGUGCAUACGGGCCAUAAUGAAGAUGACUUACUGUCCCCACUGCCGUGGCAUAGCCUCUGCUAGACCUUGUUCCAACUACUGCAAAAACGUCAUGAAGGGCUGUCUGGCCAAUCAGGCUGACCUCAACACCGAGUGGAGGCAUCUAGCAGCGACGUUAAUCCAGGUGGCUGAACGCAUGGACGGCCAGAGUACCGUGGUGCUCUCUCUCCCCAAUCGCAUAUCAGAGGCCAUGCAUACCAUGAUGGAGAACAUGAACACCAUCAACAGCAAGUUGUACCAGGCAUGUGGCACCCCCAGAGAGGCAGCGUCCAGCAGCACCGGAGUUGAUGAAAUCAUGAGGAGAGGGAAGAUUACAGUGGAGGACAAGUUGGGAGGCAUCACGGACACAAUGGACCAGCUGGUGUCUGAUGUAACCAUGAAGCUGAGGGACUUGCAGCCGUACUGGGUUUCUCUCCCAACUCUUCUCUGCACGACCAGGGUAGCGAAUGGAACAGGGGCCGAGGACAAGUGCUGGAACGGCAUGAAUCGUGCCAGGUACCUGCCUGAGGUGAUGGGUGAUGGUCUGGCCAGUCAGAUCAACAAUCCUGAAGUGGAAAUUGACAUCACCAAACCAGACAUGACAAUUCGCCAACAAAUAAUGCAGCUGAAGAUCAUGACUCACCGCCUCAAGAAUGCUCUUCUCGGCCAGGAUGUGGACUUUCAGGACACCAGUGAUGACGUCAGCGGUUCAGGAAGUGGCAUGUGCGCCGAUGACGCAUGUUUCCGGGGCCCGCGCAUUGUUGUCCCCAUCACCGACAAACCCUUAGAGUACCCCAGCCUUCCAGAAAACAAGAAGGUGAAAGCCUCAGCAAAGCAGAACCUCCCCUCCAACGCCAUUUACCUGCUUUCACUGCUCAUUCUGCUGCUCCGGCGAUAAUUGGUGGCAGGAAUCUUCCAACCGGGACUGAGUUUGGGACACGGGGGUUGGGGAGAGUUUGAAAAAAGGGGUGGGGGAGGAGGAGUUGGGGGUUAGUUACUUUGCCAAAACUAAACGAGUCUAAGGAAACAACAAUAUAAAUCACUCGGAUGGACUUCCUUUGGUUUUGAAUUUAGAACAAAAUGGAAUUAUGAGCAUUCAUAAAUGUUUUUGUUCUGCUCUUGUCUUUUAUUUCGUGCUAUAUUAUGACACCAUUAGAGCUGGUCUUUUCGCAUCUUCUAAUAUUUUCUUUCUGGUGUUUGGGUUCUCGGAGAUUAUAUCUGCACCUAAGGCAUCUGUAAGACUAAAUUGCUAACAGUGUGUUGGUGUUGACACUGCAGGGGGAGGGAGAAUGGAGCUUUGCAGAGUCGCUGAGGUGUCUUUAUUCCACUUGUGCUCGGUAGAAUUAUUUAUUGAUUAAUAAUUGUCAGUACCCAGACUGCUUUAAUCACAGUCAGAAACUCCAGCCAGAAAAACAAAACGAAAAAAAUAAAGCAAUGGAAGUACUGGUGACUUUUAAAGGAGGAUAAUCUGACCGGCAUGACCCACCAGACCUGUUAAUGCAUUAAGCCUCACAAUAUCAUUACAUUUAUACGCUCGCUCUUACGGCGAGGAUGAGAGCACUCGUCCUCGUCAGCAUUUUCCGCCAUUUCAUCGUGUAAGCUGUAAUAAUCGCUGCGAUCACAUUCACACUGACAUGGUCAUCCAGCGUGGGAGGAACGCGGUGGCGGACCUCCCUCUCUGUUGCUCCGCACCCUGCUGGCAGCGUAGCAUCAACUCCGGUUUCUGGUGUGAGCAAAGCACAGGUCUCAGAUGACAGCGGUUUCCCGCUAUAGAGCUCUGUAUGUAGAGAUGUAGGAGUUUCGGCGUGCGAUAACCCUCACAGCAAAGCCAACUGACAGCUCAUGAUCCUGGGAACCCGUAGCAGAGCGGACAUGUGCAAAAAGAAGCUGCUGUCCUGCUGCACCUUGUUUGUCAGUAUUCGUUUCAUGUUCACAGCAGAGAGAAAAGUAUAAUAUGCUUGUGAGCUCCUUGGCAAAGGGCGCAGUAUUAGUGUCGUCAUUUCAGUGUCAUAUGGGUUUUUGUACAACUGCAACAGUGAACAAGCCCGAGGUGGCCAGACUCAAAUCUUAGCAGUAUUUGAGACUGGCGACUCUUACGCUGUUGGAUUUUCAUCAUGGGGCACUUUUCGUACGUCCAAGCAGAGCCUUUGUGCCGUAAACGAAUACAACUCGAAUACAAUGUUACACUCGAAACGAUGAAAUUGGCCAUGCAUUUUUUUUGUUGUUGUUUUUGCCAUAAUCAGUUUCCAGCUUCUCAAGACCAACUUUUCCCUCGCAAAAAUUUUGCGGGUGUGGAAAUUUUGGGGCAGGCUAUCGGGCUAACAAUGAUCGUCUUUGAAAAGUUCUACUAUUCAACCGCAGCAGUGUACAUAUUUUUCAUUGCUUCUUUAUUGCUUUCUAGCAAAAACUAGCCAUUGAGGUACCAAAACUUGAUAACGGCCAGACCAUCCUAUGCUCUUACUCGUAUUUCAUUUACCAUCUGUCAUUCUUCUGCAGCUCUUCUAUAUUAGUGCCUCUUUCUUCCCAUCCCAACCGCCGACCACCCACCCUCUACCCCGCUCAUCAGUUAUAAUGACCUUUAAAGCGUUUUUUCCCCCAUGCUUCUACAUGAUGUCAAGGCAAUACGACAAUGACACGGCGCUUCGUUGCGUGUCAACCUUACUGGGAAUGUUGCGGGAGCACAGCGCCAGGUUAGUCCUGAUGAGACGCUUGCUAGGGAGAAGUAUCUCAUUCAACGCGGCUGUGUGCAGGGAUGAUGGGACGAUGCUUGCAUGUGUGUUUAUGUAUAGGUCUCGCGCGCGGAUGUGUGUGUUUGAUUGACAGAGCUAAACGGGGACGGUCGAUGGAGCCCUUAUGAAUCUUGUUCGGAAAGGCACGAGAAAUGAAAUCUAUUAAAAUGUAUUGAACUAACAUUUUAUGACAGAAUGCUAUUAAGCUGACAGCAAUGGGAGAUUAAUAUAGCUCAUUUUUCAAAAAUAGUACCUUCGAGCGACUACUGUAAUAACUCACAGUCUGUAUUUGUGCUCUCUUUACUGUCAUAAUCGCAUAUGACAGUGAGAUGAAAUGCGGAGGCGUUUUUUUUUCUUUUUUUUUUAAAUACAACCUCGCUUCAGUUGGACAAUCCACUAUAAUACAUGUCAUGAAAAGUAAUCUAAAUGCACCUUUAUUGGUUGAUUAUACUGUAAAUCCAUUUAAUUUUUGGGGUUAUGUUAAGGUUUGAGUACUGCGAUAAUUGGUUAGUUACUGUUGUCAUAUGUGCUUCAUGACAGGUUAUUUUGAUGGUACCUUCUUUUUUUUUUUCUCUUUUUUUAAUAUGCUUUAUUAAUGAAUGAUCUGUAGAUGUGUGUGUGUGUGUGUCCGUCUUUCUGUUAGUCCCUGGUUAGGAAAUCUGCCUGUGACUGCCUUUGACACUUUGAGGUCAAUUCUGAGACUUAAAGAGAAAGAUGUAACUUAUUCCCACGCGGACGAAAAUUUUAACUAAAUUACCAAGCGAACCGCCUAGGUCCUCAUUUUGUAACCUUUUAGGAAAAUCGGAAAACCUACAUACGGAUGUGAAAGUACACAAGCAGCCCUGCAAAGAAUAAGAAAUGACUCUAGCUGUGAUGGUGACAUUCCAGUUCAAAGAUGACCUUUGACUUCAGACUCACAACUUCGGUUUCAGUGACUGCCUCGCGACGUCAUCGGCUGAAAUUUGCACAACCCCAGCCCCUGCCCUCCUUCCUCCUUCACUUUUUGAUCUCAUUAGUUUGUUGUUCAAAAUCCCCCCCCCGCCCGCUCCCUUUUAUAAAACCUGCACUUUUAUGAGGCCACGAAUGGCGUUCUCUGCACAAAGACAUCACAAGAUGGUCGGUCGAUACGCGAGUCAACACCUUCCAGAAACGACUAUUGAUUGGGGAUGUGUGUAUGCAGAUAGAUAUGGCCCAGCGAGACGUCUCCUGUUUGACCACGGUGGAACAGUGUAAACAUAAAGCGCGGCGAGCGUGAGAGGAGGCAGGAGAAAGGCGCGUCUGGAGUGCCGAUCUCAAAAUCGGCGCCCCGGCCCCCGAUCCCGCCUCCGUCCACCGCCGCAGGUGGAAAAACGCAACGCUGAUUAUCCAGCCGUUUAAAAAAAAAAAAAUAAACGCUUUAUUUUACACUGAAUUGACAAUGGGAGACGUUUCUGAAAGGUGCCAAUUCAUGAGGAGAAAAAGUACUUUUGUUUUCCUCGUUUUAAUUUACUUUGGUUUUGUUGUUAUCGCAAAUGUACGGAGAGUUUGUUUCUUCUAGUGGAGUGCCAGAAAGAGGUUGAAAAACAUCGAGAAUUGUCUCAUUUGCUGUUGUACCUGAAAUCUUGUGUCAAUUAUAUACAUUGUAAGAUUUUCAACA